AUGAUUAUUUCGCGUUUAUUUGCAACCAACGUUCAGAGCUAUUCCGACGUGGCUUUAAAAUCCGUGGUUCAGCUUUGGGUACGCAAGAACUCCAGGCUUGGUUCUCAUUGGCUGGUAUCUGCCAAUCGCAUUGAACUCUGUAGUGUGGCUUGGCACAGAGAACGCGACUCUGUAAGGAACUCAACUUUGCUUGCGCGCAUAUUUUAGUACAUGUGAUCGACAAGGCUCAGACCGAGGUUUUAGGUAUCUACAUGCUAUAAAGGGCAGACUCAAUCCAGGCUGCCGGAGGAUUAAUGUUAAAAUUGCCAAAAGCCCAAUACAACACGGCGGUUUCUGCAAAACAGUCUCGGGUUUGCACGCUUUGUACGGACCAUAGUCGCCCAAUGUUACAUUUACUGUGCUAAAAGGAAGUGGAGUUGAAUCAGUGUAACUCACACAUCAUUGAAUCGCUUUCAGGGAAGCUAAUUUCACACUAGUAGGAGGGCUUUAGAUAUGGCGAAGGAAGCAGUGAAUCAUAAACUGUAAUAGAGACUGGGAUGGUCAUUUUUUACAUUUUUAUUGUUGUCAAUCAGCCAUGCUGGAAUCCUGCAAAUCGAAAUCAUUUUCUUUCCAUUGAACAUUUGAAUCGGUGGCCCCAUCAAUUAAAAUAACCUGGAGAGCAUAGCACCCACAGGAUGUGCCCAAACUCAUGAUUGGUGAGUCCAAAAUAUGACUCGAUCAGUUGGCUGAAAGAAAUAACGCCCAAGAAGACGGUGUUUGGGUAAAUGUUUUCAACUAAUGUCUUAUUUUGGAGGUCUCGAUAGAAAUAAACCACAGAAAUUACCUAUUUUGGGCGGUUAAUUAAGAACCGUGAGAGCCGUGAUGAACUCACUGAAAUUUCAAGAGCGUCCUGUGGUUCAUUGGAGUCCACCGUGAUUAAAAACCUCGUUGCAAUUUUACAGAGAAACCAUUCUUAUGGUGCCCAGGAAAUACGGAAGCCUAGGAUUUCAUCUGCUAAUUCUAUACAACUUUCCUAGUCCCUGACCGACCAGUUACCAUAGAGCCUAAUGAAAACUUUUUUCCUGCCAUCAAAAUCCAACAAAAUCCUCUUUGCUUUAACCAAUCCCAUUUCGACUGAUAAAAAAUCGAAAGAACUACAUCGUAUUCUAGCGGAACAGGUUUCAGAUCUAUUUUCAAAAAUUGCACACUUAACCGUGCCAAACUUCAUUUUGACCCAACUGUGAUAAAAUCGGUGCCUCCGCGGGAUUCGAACCCACGACAGCAAGGGAAGGGCCUUAGUACAGCCGAUUCUCUAGCUCCCUGAGCUACGAGGCCUCAUAUAACUAUAAUUCCUGAAAGAUAUUUACUGCAAAGCGCAGCGUAUUCCCUUUUAUUUACUUAGCCAUUUUCAAGGGCAGACUUUACGAACUACCAAAGAUUGAGUGUACUCAUCUGACAUCAAUUUUCGCGUUAUCAGCAUUUCUGAUUUACUUUAAAGAAAAAUGCCACUUACAACCAAUGAACUAUAAAAUUCAAAUAUGUAUUUUGUAGUUAAUUUAAUUGGAGCUCGUUCGUUUUAGUCUGGCGUUUUUAGAUGCUGUAUUCUCUGCGGGUCCAGAGCCUAGUGGCUGGUAUGGACGGAGUUUCGACGCCGGUCGCAAAGACCCCUUGAGGGCGUGUUGGGGUUUAGCAAGCUCUUUGUUCUCUUAGGCGUCAAACGUACCUUAACAUAGCGGUUGCCCAUCUGGAAAGGACGCUUCCUGGACACUUUAUCAACGUCGUUUCGGAUCUGGAGGUUCAAAAGCUUGUCCUCCGCCAGCAACCCUAUAUCUGGUCCGUCGGAAGAAGACGCCCCAAGUUGCUUGCAUCUCAUAUUCCUACAUAGUGUCAGACUUAAAUGACGGAGGCUUGAUAGAUGGAUACCAUAUGCGAUCUAGUUGACGGGAGAGCAAGAAGCCUCGACCGACACUUUCGGCUUCUUUGAAGAUUCAGCGAUUUAGAGCUCACUCCCAAUUUCCCAUUUCCUGUGCUCUGGCCGCGGUCGAUGAUGGUAAUGAUGCCGGCGAUGAGGACGAUGAUACUGAUGGUGAUGAUGAUGAUGAUGAUGAUGAUGAUGAUGAUGAUGAUGAUGAUGAUGAUGAUGAUGAUGAUGAUGAUGAUGAUGAUGAUGAUGAUGAUGAUGAUGAUGAUGAUGAUGAUGAUGAUGAUAGCGGUGGUGGUGGUGGUAGUGAUGUUGGUAGAGUUUGGCUGAUGACGGCUGACAAGCCAAAAAUGGCCAUUCUGGUCUCUGUUGUCUUUAUCGAUAAUGUUCUUCUGCUCCUAUCACGCGUCGCUGUGUGGCUGCCGGCAGGGCUCGAGAGAAAGUGCCCCAGGGCACAAUGGUAGGAGUGGGUUUCGCAACUGAGUCGGGCGAGUCCCCCAAUCAUUGUUAAUAUACUCGAUCGCAGCCGACAGGACAACGAGUCCAUGGCUGGGUGGUUAGGGUGUUGGACUUCUAACCAGCGGACUAUGCGUGUGAGCUUUGGAGCUUGCAUGCCUCGGGGCUGGGUGCGGCUGGUCGAUGACAGCUAGUAAGCCAGAAAUUAUCGUUCCAGCCUCCUCUAUCUUUUCCGGGAAUGCCAUGAUGACGAUGGUGAUGACGCCGACGACGACGGCGACGGCGAUGAUGAUGGUGGUGCCUGUGGUGGUGGUGGUGGUGGUGGUGGUGGUGGUGGUGGUGGUGGUGGCAGACGAGGGUGA